AAUGUUAACAGGUGAAGAGGUUCUAGAUAAGCUAAAGUCAGUAGAUAAUGCCCUUGGGAAGACGCAAAGCAAAAGUAAUGGCCAAUGGAAAAAAAGAUCAAUAUUUUUUGAGAUACCAUAUUGGCAGCAUUGUAUGCUCAGGCACAACCUUGAUGUAAUGCAUAUAGAAAAAAACAUAGUCGAUAGUAUAGUUGGUACUUUAUUGGAUAUUCCUGGAAAGACGAAGGAUCAUGCAAAGGCUCGUUAUGAUCUUAAGGAGAUGGGCAUUCGAAAGAAUCUUCACCCAACAAAUACGAAGGAUGGCAAAAGAACUAAACUUGCCAAAGCGUGCUUCUCAAUGACCAAAGGAGAGAAAUCCAUUUUUUGUGGUGUAUUGAAGAAAACAAAAUUUCCUGAUGGAAGUGCUUCAAACAUUUCUCAUUGUGUACAACAAGAAGAGAGAAAGCUUUACGGUUAUAAGAUUCAUGAUGCUCACUUCAUGUUGCAUUACCUGUUGCAAAUACCAAUCAAGAGCAUUCUCCCAGAUCAUGUUGCUGUUCCUCUAGUUCGCUUGUGUUCCUUUUUUCGCCGGCUAUGUCAAAAGGAAAUAUCUUUAGAAGAGAUUUACGGUCUGGAGUCAAAGAUUGUGGAGACUUUGUGCCAGUUAGAGAGGAUUUUUUCCCCUAUCUUUUUUGAUAUAAUGGUUCAUUUGCCUAUUCAUUUAGCUAAUGAAGUAAGGUUAGGUGAUCCCGUCCAGUUUCGUUGGAUGUAUCCGAUUGAGAGAUACAUGUGCACACUAAAAGGGUAUGUUCGCAAUAGAAGUCGUCCGGAAGGAUCAAUUGCAGAGGUUUAUUUGGCUGAAGAGUGUUUAACUUUUUGUUUAAGAUAUUUGCAUGAGGGAGUGAAAACAAGAUUCAACAGAGUAUCUCAGAAUAAUGAUGAAGGCACUUUAACCAAAGAUCCUGAUUCAAAUUUGUUCACAAACAAGGGAAGUCCAUUGGGUGGAAAAAAAGGACAACUAAUUAUUUUGGACGAGAAGUCACUCCUUCAAGCUAAUGCAUAUGUAUUGAACAAUUGCGUUAACGUGGAGCCUUACAUGAGGAUGAACAGUGAAGGAAAUCCCAAAAGAAAAAGGCUAAGGACCCUAUCACAAAUAGAGUCACAAAGAAGUCCCUUGAAGAUGAUGAGUCUAGUAAAAAAUUCAGGAAAAAUUCAAUUCACAAGUGCUUAUGCAUUGCUGAAACAAUUUCAAAUCAAAAGGGAACAUGUUUUAGCUGUAUGUGGGGAUAGUAGCAAACAUGAGACAAGGAAAAAGGGCAAGAUGUCAACAAAGAAGGUGACAAGAGUUGACGAUGAAGGUCAAAGCAAAAUGCCAACCAAGAAGAUAACAAACAACAAGGAUAAGGUGAUCAAUGAAGAUGAGGGUCAAAUCAAGAUGCCAAUGAAGAAAUCCAAAGAAGAAGAUCAUCUAGUCAAUAUGAAAGCCAAUGAACAUGAGGCCCUAGGUGGGAAGAAGCUGACUAGGAAGAAGGUGCCAAUGAAGAAAUCAAAGGUAGAAGAUGGUAAAGCCAAUAUGAAUACCAAUGACGGUGAUGGUCAAAGCAAGAAGCCGACCGAUAAGAAGAUGCCAAUGAAGAAAUCAAAUGAAGAAGAUGGCAACGAAGAAGAACAGAAGAUUGAGUCUCUUAUCCCAGCUAUGACUCUAGAUGAAUUCUUCGAAAAAUAUGGGAUAUCAUUGGAUGAAAAUGAUGAAGAAUAUGAAUAUGAUUAUGAUGAUCACAAUCCAAGUGUUGGAGAUAGUAGUGACAGUCAACACAGUACCAAAAAGAAAAAAGCUCGUGGUCCCACCCAACUCAAGCAUAUUCAUGCCAUGGAGACACAAAUAGAGUUAACAUGGUACAAUGACAAACCCAUAGGCCCAACAAAGACACAAGUUCAAUUAUUUAGUCGGUUCUUGGGCACACUUGCAAGAAACUCUAAUUUGGUCACCUUAUUAUAUACUAAUUGGCAAGCUGUGUCUAGGGAGACUAAAACUUCAAUGUUGGAUUAUGCAAAGUCUAAAUAUAACAUUCCUAGUGAUGCUGAGCCUUGGGUGAUAGAUACCAUUGGAGAGUCAUGGAAGCAAUUUAAGAAACGCAUAAAAAAUGUCACUAUACACCAUACAGCUCAUUCAGAGAGAUGAUGAAAAAUUGUCCAAUGAUUGUACCUGAACUGCAUUUUCGAAAAUUAGUUCAGUUUUGGAGGCUUGAUAUCAGCAAAGUUAUUUCUGACAUAAAUCGUGAAAACAGAUCCAAGCAAAAAUGGAAUCAUCGAAUGGGUCCAGUUAGUUUUGAGUUAGUACACGCUGAAUUGCGUGCAAAGGAGGACAACGAAGAUCCAUCACAAGCUGAGAUGUUUGUUGUAACUCGUACAAACAAAAAAGGAGAGACUGAUUCGGGAACACAAGAGACGAUUGAUCAUAUUCAAAAUUUGAAACAAGCAGGAUACAGUGAUGAUGACGCAGUUCAAACAGUUCUCGGAAAGGAAAGACAUGGUAGAGUUCGUUUCUAUAGUCGAUCAGUCACAAAAUCCUCUCUUAAAAAGGAUAAGCAAAUCCGACAAAUGCAACAACAACAUACUGAAGUGGUUUCAACUAUGGAGAAAAAUCAAAAUAACUUAACUUCCAAGUUGGAUGGUUUAACAAACUUGAUUAAAAUGUUGUUGCAACAAGUCAAUCCUGGUAUGAGUGCAGAACAAGUGCAAGUAAUGAUAGAAGCCGCCCAACAAUCUCCGCCUGAUGCGAGUAGUGCACCAAAUGAUGCGCGGCGAAGCAUUCCUCCUUCACUUGGAUCAAACCAUGUAUCAAAGGAUUUCGAACAGGAAGACAUGAUGUGAAGAAAAUAUGUUCCAUACAAAUAUGACAUGGGAUGGGUCUUACACUUUAGUUAUCUAAAUGUAAUUUUUUGAUGUGUUCUGUACUUUUUGAAAAGAGACUUUACUCGGUAUUACAUGUAAUUGGAUACAUUACACUCUAUUUUGAUUUCUGUUGUUUAGACUAAAAAUUAAACAUAUUUAGUUUAUAAUGAAACUUUUAUGAUUUACA